AUGGACGGAAGUACUAUAGAGGCUAACGGAGGAAUGAUGCAGUCUCCCUCUUUUGGUGGGUGUAGGGUGCGCAGCAGGUUGGCCUUCGUCUCUGUUCGGGUUUUCUCCUCUCCCAACACAAAACAAAGUUGCAGACCCAUUAUUCCUCGCAAACCAAUCUUUCCUCCUCUCACUUUGAAGCUUCUUCUUCUCUGCUUCAGUGUUGUUUCCGAAGUAAGUUCUGUAUCAAGUUUUGUAAUAGUGUCUGUCAUUCAGUCGUGCUCCCAAAGUACCAAUAAGGUGUUACAUGCUUUGCAACAGAAGUUCCCAGCCGCGUCAAAAACUCAGUUAAGGAAUAAAGUGCGAGAGAUAUUAGAUUUUGUGGAUACCCAUUGGCAGAUCUGCUGGAGUAACGUGAUAACAGAGCACAGCCAAGCCAUUUUGAACUCUUUGUACUCAUUUUACUGGAACUUGACUAGAAAUUGGGAGCUGAGGGAGACUUUGCUUUCUUAUCUUAUCAAAAUCACAACUGCUUAUUGUCUCUGUUUCUUACUAAAUAUCCACUUUUAUAGAACUGGAUUAAUCAAUGUCGGAUGCUCUGGGAAUUCUCCAUUUUUUUUAACAUGGUUUAAAUUUCAAUUGGAUCGAUAUGUGGCUAGGAACAUGAAGGUUAAUUAUGUGGUAGGCUCCUACCUUGAUCCCCUUAUAGUUAAGGUAUACUGAUCAGACACAUGUUCAAGGAUAGUCCAUAUGCCUCUGGUUCUCCAUCAAAAGCCGUCUGCAUUAUUGAUCUUAAUUUGUUACAGAUAUUAUUUAUAGUUGAAGACUUGUGAAGCAUACUAUGAAAGUGCUCCAUUUGUUCAUGUUUGUUGGAUUUGAAAAAAGAGUUGAUGUUAGGCUCUGUUUAUUACUAUUAUCCAUAAUAAAUUCAAAUUUUUGAUAAAAA